AUGGAUUCUUCAACCAGCGAAUAUUGCAAGAAAAUGGAGUCAGCGUACGGCGGAAAGAUGCAGCUUGCCGCUGCCACCGGCUCCAGUGCGUAUGAAAGAUUCACGAUUCACCAGAUCAGCAAGUUUGCGGAAGAAAAUCCAGACGAUUACAAAAAUACGGAAAGAAUCUCGCUCAUCUCAUCCUUCGCAGUCUCCCUUUUUCUUGGCGAUUAUGCACCUAUCGAUUUUUCUGAUGGCUCUGGAAUGAAUUUCUUGCGAAUAAACAGCGGAAAUAUCAACAAAACCGAUGCAAAAAGCUACUGGUGCGGCGUAAAUGCUAUUUCAAUGUCCUUUGACAGCGUUUGCGAAAAACUUGCAAGACCAGUUCCGUCGGAUACUAUCUGUGGAAAGAUUCAUUCUUACUGGACGAAAAGAUAUGGAAUUCCGGAAAACUGCCAAAUCGUCGCUGCAACUGGAGACAAUCCUUCGAGCUUGGCAGGACUGAGACUCACUCCUGGCGAUUUGUGUCUUUCUCUUGGGACUUCUGAUACAGUUAUGCUCUCACUUGAUUCUGCUGUCCCCCAGCCAGAAGGGCAUAUCUUUAUCAACCCCCUUGAGAAGAAGAAAUUCAUGGGUCUUCUUUGUUACAAAAAUGGAUCACUAGCUCGAGAAGAAAUCAAGAACAAGUACAAUCUUUCUUGGGAAGAAUUCGGAAAAAUAUUAUUGGAAGAAAAUUCUCAAGAUCGAAAAAUUAUUCAACUCAAUUUCCCUCUGCCGGAAAUAACGCCGUCAAACAAGCAAGGAAAAUGGCUGUAUGAGAUUGAUGCUGCUGGAGUUUUGAAGACCUUUGACGGGGAAUUAACGAUGCGUGAAGAUAUCGUCUCUUUCGUUACGGGACAAAUUCUAGCGAAAAGAUGUCACGUGGAGAAGUUUGGAUUCAAGUCAACUAAGAGACUCAUUGUCACUGGCGGUGCGAGCAAAAAUCGAGAACUUGUUCAAAUUAUCUCUGAUAUUUUCCAGGCGGACAUCUUCCAUCAACCCGAAACAGAGCACUCCGCUGCUGUCGGUGCUGCAUACAGAGCUUAUCAUUCAACUCGAAAUCCACCGCAAAGCUACGAAGAAGCAACUGCAAAGAUUGGAGAACUGGAAAAACUGGCGUCGCCAAUCAAUUCAAAGGCCGAAUAUUACAAUUCAUUGGUAAAGCUCUACGCAAAAGCAGAGGAACUUUCAGUGUGA